UCAACCGUCCUAGGGUUUAAAGAAGAUUUUUGCAGAUUGGCCACCUGAACGAUAGGGUUCUUCAAUGGCGACUUUGCUAUCGAGAAAAACUCAUCUUCGCUCCAUUUGUCGUUCUAUCUCUUCUUGUGCAAACCAUCUGAGGUCCCAGAAGCAACCAUUUCCUACUUCUCAUGGAGAUUCAAGGAUUCUGCUCAAUCACCCUAAGCCAUUUCUUCAAUCGGUUCACUCUCUCAAGGAUCUUCAUCUUGGCGGUGGAUUUGAUACGUACUGCAGAUACAUGUGCAGCGGUAGUUCAGCUUUGAAACAGCCAAAUUCUGAUUCCACUGGAUCUUCAGAAGGGAAUUCCGGUGGAGAAGACAAGUCUGAUCAGUCGCAGCAGACUGGCGAUCAAGGGAAAGCUGUUAGAGGAGGGCCUGUUUCGUGGUUGAGCUUUAUACUGCUGGCUAUAACCGGAGGAGGAAUAUUAGCUUACUAUGAUCGGGAGAAGAAGCAUCAUAUAGAAGAAAUAAACAAUGCUUCAAGUGCAGUGAAACAGGGUCCUUCUGUGGGUACUCCUGCCAUUGGAGGUCCAUUCAAUCUUAUAGAUCACAAUGGGAAAGCAGUUAGUAAUAAAGACUUUAUGGGCAAAUGGACAGUAAUUUAUUUUGGCUUCACUCAUUGCCCUGAUAUCUGCCCAGAUGAACUACAAAAGCUUGCCUUGGCAGUUGAUAAAAUAAAGGAAAAAGCAAGGAUAGAAAUUGUACCUGUGUUCAUCUCAGUUGAUCCAGAGCGUGACACAGUUGAACAAGUUCGUGAUUAUGUGUUAGAAUUUCAUCCAAAGUUAAUUGGUCUUACCGGUAGUGCCGAUGAAGUAAAGAAAGCUGCAAAGGCUUUUCGAGUUUACUAUAUGAAGACUGAAGAGGAAGGAUCUGACUAUCUUGUGGACCAUUCAAUAAUCAUGUACUUGAUGGAUCCUAAUAUGGAGUUUGUGAAGUUCUUUGGGAAGAACUAUGAUGUGGAAACACUUACAGAUGGUAUAGUCCAAGAAAUAAAGCAGUAUAAAAAGGUUAAAUAAGAUGGGAGGAUAAUCUUUAUUUUAACACAGCAGAGACUUUUUGGUGGCCAUUCUUUUGCUUUCUUACUUAACAUUUAAUAAUAAAAAAUUGUAUUGCUUUGGAUCCUUGAUUCUCCACUCAUUGAUUUUCAUUGGAAGAUCAUAUUUAUCUUUGA